GUCGUUUAAAUACUCUUCUGGAUCCUCGUUGACAAGGUUUUAACAAGACCUUUGGCAUAUGAAAAUCAUCAAUCAUGCAUGGAACUAUAAUUAUGYAGCUUGUGGUCAYGUAGAAUUUYAUUCGUAGUGAGAAUGGAGCCACUGAUGAACGGAGAAACGUKCGAAGAGGAAAAUUCGAAUAAAGURUCUGAAUCACCACAAUCAGAUUAUAACUCCAAAUCAUGGAAAGUUAGUAAGCAAAAUCCACCAAAAGGGAUUCCAUGCAGCCCUGGAAGACAGAGAAAAAAGUCCUUUCUGAACCCYCCCGAUCCUGUCCCUAAAUUUGGUUGCAAAGGACAUCUUUUAGAUCUUGUAGAUGGCUCAGGAAUUCACUCAAGCAAUCAGGCUGUGGAUCCAUCAGAACAUUUUCUGGAAUGGGAGAAACGUCCAGUGAAUGUGGUGAUCAUUAAGAAGAUCAUGGAAAGGGAUGCUACUCUCUGCUUUAAAGAGUUGUGUCAGUGGUUGAUAGAGGAGAAAAACAUGACUGUAUUUGUUGAAGAAACACUACCCAAUGAACCAUGCAUCACUGCUGAUGACACCUUUGCAACAMUAAGAAAGAAGCUUGUUACAUUUAAAGAAGAGGAACAACUAGAAAAUAAAAUUGACUUGAUCAUCUGUUUGGGAGGUGAUGGAACACUACUUCAUGCUUCUGCUCUCUUCCAGCGGAGCUGUCCACCUGUAAUGGCCUUUCAUCUUGGUUCACUAGGAUUUCUUACGUCGUUCAGAUUUGAAAAUUUUAGAAAAGAGAUUACUAGAGUUCUAAAUGGUCUUACACCGUUGACUCUCAGAAGUAGACUGAAAGGUAUCACUUCCGUCGAAUCUGCAGAAGAUGGCAAGAAAAAACAGCACACUUUUACGGUACUAAAUGAAGUCGUAAUAGACAGAGGGCCCUCAUCAUACCUGUGUAAUUUGGACAUCUAUUGCAACGAUCGCCACAUCACAUCUGUACAAGGGGAUGGCGUCAUCAUUUCAUCGCCAACUGGAAGCACGGCCUAUGCUCUUGCAGCUGGUGCGUCCAUGGUUCAUCCUAGUGUUCCCGCCAUGCUUAUCACGCCAAUCUGUCCGCAUUCUCUCUCAUUCAGGCCCAUCAUUCUUCCAGCAGGAGUYGAGAUCUUGGUUGUGGUCAAUAAAGACAGCAGACAUUCUGCUUGUGUUUCUUUUGACGGACGGAACCGACAAGAACUACACGUAGGAGAUGCUCUGUGCGUGACUACAUCAAUCUACCCACUACCAUCUGUGAACUCUGAAAACCAAACAUUUGAUUGGUUCAAAAGUUUGGCCGAGUGUUUCCAUUGGAACGUUCGAGAAAAACAACGAAAUCUAGCAAGCUCGGACUCAAUUUCAGACCUCUCACGUGAUUCGUCCCCAGUCUGAAAAUCUACGCGCACAUUGUCAAGGGAAGCCCAAGACCUUGCAUUUUAACAUUCUGUUUCCUAUCACGUAACUCGUUACCAGACUAAAAUUCUACUUGGAAAUGAAUCCCAGAGGAAGCCCACGUAAAGAAACUUCGUCGGAAUACCAUGGUAAAAAAUAUGUAUGAAGCGUAUAAAUAAGCUUCCAGAUCUUACGCAACUCAGAACCUUCACUGACAUCCAAUAAUCUCUUACUUGUUCCCAGUCUUAGUAAUGUACGCGGAGGCAAAUUCUGAAGGAAGCCCAGACUUCUAAUAACUAUUGCAAUAAACAUUUUCUUACGUAUAAUAAGCAAAUUGAAUUUGAAUUUUGAAUUUGUACAACUCAAUCAAAUUGAUUGACCUUUUUUGAUAAGGCUUCGCAGUUGUGGAGCUGUGUAACCUUUCUUUCGGUAAUCCACAGGAUUCCCGAAAAAAAAAAA